AUGUAUCUAUCCCGGUCUGUUUACAUCUAUCUAUCUAUCUAUCUAUCUAUCUAUCUAUCUAUCUAUCUAUCUAUCUAUUUGUUUAUAUUUACCUCGGUAUAUUUCUAUCCAUCUAUCUAUCAAUCUUCUUUUUUCUAUCUAUCUAUCUGUUUGUUUAUAUUUAUGUCGGUAUCUAUCUAUCUAUCUAUCUAUCUAUCUAUCUAUCUAUCUAUCUAUCUAAAAAUCUAUCAAUCUAUUUCGGUCUGUUUAUUUCUAUCUAUCUAUCUAUCUAUCUAUCUAUCUAUCUAUCUAUCUAUCUGUUUGUUUAUAUUCAUCUCGGUAUCUAUCUAUCUAUCUAUCUAUCUAUCUAUCUAUCUAUCUAUCUAUCUCGGCAUAUUUCUAUCUAUCUAUCUAUCUAUCUAUCUAUCUAUCUAUCUAUCUAUCUCUAAAAGCCGACUUCACGCUAGACCAUUUCAUACGUCCAGAUCUAGUCUGCCCUACUAUUUUUCCAUCCUUGGAGGAAGAAGAGAAGAUGUAUCUAUCUAUCUGUUUGUUUAUAUUUAUCUCGGUAUCUAUCUAUCUAUCUAUCUAACAAUCUAUCUAAAAGCAUUUGCGCGAAUCUAUCUAUCUGUUUGUUUAUAUCUAUCUAUCUAUCUAUCUUACAAUCUAUCUAAAAGCAUUUGUGCGAAUCUAUCUAUCUAUCUGUUUGUUUAUAUCUAUCUAUCUAAUAAUCUAUCUAGAGCAUUUGCGCGAAUCUAUCUAUCUAUCUGUUUAUAUCUAUCUAUCUAUCUAUCUAACAAUCUAUCUAAAACCAUUUUUGCGAAUCUAUCUAUCUAUCUAUCUAUCUAUCUAUCUAUCUAUCUAUCUAUCUGUUUGUUUAUAUCUAUCUAUCUAUCUAUCUAUCUAUCUAUCUAUCUAUCUAUCUAUCUAUCUUACAAUCUAUCUAAAAGCAUUUGUGCGAAUCUAUCUAUCUAUCUGUUUGUUUAUAUCUAUCUAUCUAUCUAUCUUACAAUCUAUCUAAAAGCAUUUGUGCGAAUCUAUCUAUCUAUCUCAUUUGUGCGAAUCUAUCUAUCUAUCUGUUUGUUUAUAUCUAUCUAUCUAAUAAUCUAUCUAGAGCAUUUGCGCGAAUCUAUCUAUCUAUCUGUUUAUAUCUAUCUAUCUAUCUAUCUAACAAUCUAUCUAAAACCAUUUUUGCGAAUCAAUCUAUCUAUCUAUCUAUCUAUCUAUCUAUCUAUCUAUCUAUCUGUUUGUUUAUAUCUAUCUAUCUAUCUAUCUAUCUAUCUAUCUAAAAGCAUUUGUGCGAAUCUAUCUAUCUAUCUAGCAUUUGCGCGAAUCUAUCUAUCUAUCUGUUUAUAUCUAUCUAUCUAUCUAUCUAACAAUCUAUCUAAAACCAUUUUUGCGAAUCUAUCUAUCUAUCUAUCUAUCUGUUUGUUUAUAUCUAUCUAUCUAUCUAUCUAUCUAAAAGCAUCUGUGCGAAUCUAUCUAUCUAUCUGUUUGUUUAUAUCUAUCUAUCUAUCUAAUAAUCUAUCUAGAGCAUUUGCGCGAAUCUAUCUAUCUAUCUAUCUAUCUAUCUAUCUAUCUAUCUAUCUAUCUAUCUAUCUGUUUAUAUCUAUCUAUCUAUCUAUCUAUCUAACAAUCUAUCUAAAACCAUUUUUGCGAAUCUAUCUAUCUAUCUAUCUAUCUAUCUAUCUAUCUAUCUAUCUAUCUAUCUAUCUAUCUAGCAUUUGCCCGAAUCUAUCUAUCUAUCUAUCUAUCUAUCUAUCUAUCUAUCUAUCUAAAUAUAUGGAAUGGACGAUCCGCGUGUUCAUGCGAUGGUCACCUAGAUCUCCAGACCACACGUCAUGUGAUCUCAUGUACGUACCUCUCCUUCCCAGAGACAUGGGUGAUCCGAAAACGCGAAUAACUGAAGCCUUGGCAACCAUCAACAACGAUAUUCUUGGUCACGUUUGGCAAGAAUUGGAUUAUUGUUUGGAUCUGUGUUGUGAGACCGGCGGCGCUCACAUUAAACACCAAUGA